AUGAAUGAAUGCUUGAAAGUACAAACACCAGAUCAUGUAUGCAUGGAAUAUGCAAUUAUAUCACACAAUAUCGAUUUUGUCACAUUUUUGAUGAAUGAACACAACAUAAAAAUUAAUUUAGAAUUGUGCUAUAAAUACAAUAAUCUCCAAUCAUUUUUAGUUUAUUUGGACCAAACAGAUGAUAUCAACACAUGUUUUGCUUAUUCUCCGAAUUUCCAUCUUUCCUCACUUUUAGAAUAUUUUAUUUCAAAUGGUGCAGAUAUCAAUGCUAAAGGCAAAAAUGAAAGGACCCCUCUUCAUAUAGCAGUCAUGCAAAAUAACAAAGAAACUGCAGAAAUUCUUAUUUCAAAUGGUGCAGAUAUCAAUGCUAAAGACUUUAUGGAAUGGACCCCUCUUCAUAUGGCAGUUGAGGUAAAUAGCAAAGAAACUACAGAAAUUCUUAUUUCAAAUGGCGCAGAUAUCAAUGCUAAAAACAUAAAUGGACGGACCUCUCUUCAUAUGGCAGUUGAGGUAAAUAGCAAAGAAACUACAGAAAUUCUUAUUUCAAAUGGCGCAGAUAUCAAUGCUAAAACCGAAAAUGGAUCUACUCCUCUUUAUCUAGCAUACAGGCUUAGUUACAAAAAAAUAGUAGAAAUCUUUAAUUUAAACAAGACAAAAUAA